GUUUUGUUGUGAUUCUGCCAAAUUUGUUGGGCGCUGAUCAGGUUACGAGUUUGCGAACUGAAAUUAAAUAAUUAAAAUAUACCUUUUUGUAACUGUUGGUUCUUGUGCCAUUGAUAAAAAUGGCAAAUUUGAAGCCUCUUCAUUGUUUGAACUUGGAUGCAAAUCAGCAGAAAAACUUUAUUAAAUUCUUCAAAACGUUGCCUGAGAAAUCUUCCACCACGGUUCGUUUCUUCGACCGUUCAGAUUACUACAGCUGCCAUGGACCCGAUGCCGAAUUCGUUGCCAAGUGUGUGUUCAAGUCAAUCAACGUGGUCAAAAUUAUGGCCCCGGCUGGCCUGGAAGACGAACUCCCUUACGUGGUCUUGAGCAAGAACAACUUUGAAAGCUUCAUCCGGGAUCUGCUGCUGGUGCGCAACUAUCGCGCUGAGGUUUACACCAACAAAGGCCCCACCAAGACAUCUAACGACUGGCAGCUGGAGUUCAAAGGUUCACCCGGAAACCUGACCCAGUUUGAGGAUCUGCUGUUCGCCAAUAAUGGAAUGGUGGCCGGAUCUGCACUGAUUGCAUUGCACGUAAAGCUACUCGGCAAACAAAAGAUCAUCGGAAUUGCUUGCGUCGAAAACAACGAGCGACUGUUUUCCGUGUCCGAGUUUGUUGACGACGACUUUUACUCGGAGCUGGAGGCCGUAAUCGUUAUCCUUGGCCCGAAGGAAUGCAUCUUGCCAUCGCCGAGGGACGCCGAUUACGAUCGCAUUAAAACGCUGCUGGAAAGAAACAACGUAGUCGUAACGUCGAAGAAGAAGCAGGAGUUCUCGCUGGAGAAGAACGAGGUGAUUUCGGAUCUCAACAAGUUGCUGCACUUUGCCGAAGGUCAACAGGAAAGCGCCAACACGAUGCCGGAAACGUCGAAAACAACUGCACUUGCUGCGCUGGGUGUCGCGAUCCGGUACCUUGAGCUAACCAACGAUUCUGCAAAUCAUGGCCACUACGAGUUAAAGCUGCUCAAUUUGCAUCGAUUUGUUCACCUCGAUGCGGCUGCCGUUUCCGCGUUGAAUCUGUUCCCAAAACCAGGAUUGGCGAUGAACUCUGCGGCAUUCAAGUGGCACAGCGUUUUGGGAGUUUUGGACCGAUGCCGAACUCCCCAAGGCCAUCGAUUGGUCAACCAAUGGUUGAAGCAACCCCUUCGCAGCAUUGACAUUAUCAAAGAUCGCCAGGACAUUGUCGAGUCCCUCGUGGACAGUACGAACGUCCGGUCGGAGCUGCACGACGUCCACUUGAAGCGCAUUCCGGACAUUCUCAUCUUGAUCAAAAAGUUGCUCCGGAAGAAGGCCUCGCUCCAGGAUAUCUACCGGCUGUACCAGGUCGUGCUUCGGAUUCCGAUCGUUCUGCGACUGCUGGAAUCGAUCGAAAACACGGCAAUGCGAAGCAUCGUCCUCGAUCCGAUGAAGGACACGCUGGGAGAUUUGAAGAUGUUUAAAUCGAUGGUCGAGCAAAUCCUUGAUCUGACAGCAAUCGAGCGUGGUGAAUACCUUGUCAAACCCACGUUUGACGACCAGUUAAAAGAGUUCAAGCAGGAAAUGGACGAAGUCGAGUCCAAGAUGAAAAGAUUGCUCACAAAAGUUGCUGACGAUCUGGGACUGGAUGCUGGAUCUUCGAUAAAGCUAGAUUUUGUUGGCCAUCACGGAUUUCAUUUCCGGAUUUCCCUCAAGGACGAAACUCUCAUCCGCAAAAGCACAAAGUUUCGGGUGCUUGACGCCGUUAAAGGAGGUGCUCGCUUCACCAACGAUAAGCUGACCGAUCUUAACGGCGAUUUUGCAAGUGCCAAAGAAUCGUAUGAAGCACAGCAGAAGUCGAUCGUAGACGAGGUGAUACGGAUUGCAAUUGGCUACGUUGAACCGUGGACCAUGCUCAACAAUCAGAUUGCUCAGCUCGACUGCUUCGUUAGCUUUGCCAUUGCAGCAGUCAGUGCUCCCGAGCCGUACGUCCGCCCGAAAAUCUUCGCCAUGGGAGAGGGUCGCUUGAAGCUUACCCAACUGCGCCACCCGUGUCUUGAGCUGCAAGAGGAUGUCAGCUUUAUCGCGAACGACGCGGUCUUUGAGAAGAACAAAACGACCAUGUACAUCAUUACCGGUCCCAACAUGGGUGGAAAAAGCACCUUUAUUCGUUCGGUUGGUGUCGCAGUUCUCAUGGCCCACGUCGGUGCUUUCGUUCCGUGCGCAGAAGCGGAAAUCUCGAUUGUCGAUUCCAUCCUUGGCCGGGUGGGCGCCGACGAUAACUUGAGCAAGGGGUUGAGCACGUUCAUGGUGGAAAUGGUCGAAACCGCGGGAAUCGUUCGCACGGCCACGGAGAACUCGCUGGUUAUCAUCGAUGAGCUUGGUCGUGGCACUUCCACGUACGAAGGUUGUGGCAUUGCGUGGUCCAUAGCCGAAUAUCUGGCAAAACAAACUAAAUGCUUUUCGCUUUUCGCGACCCACUUUCACGAAAUCACCGAAAUGACGGAGCAAGUGAAAACUGUAAAAAGCUGCCACAUGGAUGCGAUCGCGGACAAGGAUGGUUUCACGCUUUUGUACCAAGUCAAGGAGGGAGUCAUGCCGAAAAGUUUCGGAAUUAAGGUUGCCAAGCUUGCCAACUUUCCCACAGCGGUGGUCGAGCUGGCGCAGAAACUGUACGACGACUGCGAAGAUCACUACUCGCAGAUGCAGAUUGAGAAUGAUCAGGAGGGAAUCAAAGUGUUUUUGGAAUCGUUGGCAAAAAUCUCUGGCGUGGACGCUGAAAACGAAAAAUCUAUUGGCGACAUGCUGGGUGAUAUUCGAUUGAGUGUUGUCAGCUCAAACAGUGCCUAUUUCCGCAGAACCUUUCCCCAACUGUACGUGUGAGCAGAUCUUAUCUCAGCUAAACCGAUGAAGUACAAAUCCCGUUAAGUUUAUUACAUUCCUUAUGCAUACUCGUUUUUUUUGAGAUUCUGUUUGAAAUUUGAAUCAUCUUUCUGUUUAUAACACAACACACAUUUUUUUUUCAUUUUUCGAAUAAAACUGGCAUUUUCCAAAUGAA